AUGGAGUUGUUCAGCUCUGACAACUUCUCCUCACACGUAGAGGACCUGAUGAAGAAAUACCAUGUCCCUGGCCUUGCUAUUGCCAUUACCCACAAUGGUACCAUGGCCUCCAAGGCCUUCGGGAUGGCCUCAUUCGAACCCCCAGAGCCAAUGACCACCGAUACUCUUCUCGACAUUGCUUCCGCUUCCAAGUCUCUCACUGCUGCUUCCGUUGCCCUGCUCGUCCAUGACGACAAGCAUCCCGACAUCGAAUAUGGGGCCGAAAUGGCCGAACUAUUGCUCGGCGAGUUUGUCAUGCCUGGCCAAGGCUACGAGGACGUUACCGUCGAAGACAUCCUCAGUCACCGGAGCGGAAUGGCAGCCCAUGACAAUUCAUAUAUGGGCGUCAGGUCCAACAACCCAGAUACCGCGCAGUCCCUCACGCGAAAUCUCAGGAACCUGGCACCCGCAGCCCCAGUCCGCUCCAAAUUCAUCUACUGCAACAUCAUGUACACCGUCGCCACGUACCUGGUGGAGAAGAAAACAGGUCUCAGCUUCGCCGACUUUCUCGAAGAGCGCUUCUUCCAACCACUCGGCAUGACCUCGAGCAACCUGCAGCCGGGACGCGCGCGGGCCAAGGGACUCGGAGACCGUAUUUCCCCCGGACACUGGUGGGACGAGACGGCCGGCAAGUACUUGACCUUCAUGACCCCCGAUUCCCCCGAGGCACAGGGCGCCGGCUCCGUCGUGUCCUCGGUCAACGACUACAUCAAAUACGUCAAGGCAAUGAUGAACAAGGAGGGCCCGUUCACAGAAGCCGUUUACCGGGGGAUCGUGAAGCCGCGAAUCAUCAUCAGCCCGGACGACGCCCCGAAACCGUUCUCCUCGCCGCCGCUGUACGCGACAGGCUGGGAGGUGCACCACUACCGAGGCCACAUGAUUUUCGUUCACGACGGAUGCAUAUCCGGCUCCUCAACGAGCCAUUUCUUCGUGCCGGAACUGAAAUUCGGAGGCGCCAUCUUUGGCAACUCGGACCAUGCGUGUUUCGUCGCCGAGAUCCUGAUGCAGGAAUUCGUCGACGAACUUUUGGGCGUGGCCCAGGACCAAAGAGUCGACUGGGACGGUGUGGUGCACGAAUCGAUCCCGGAGAAAAAGAUGGGCAGCGAGGAAAAGGUAAUCGAGGAGGAGCGUCAGAAGCGUUGCCCUGGUAUAAAAGAACCAGAGCCCCAGAGCGUGCCCCUGGACACUUAUACGGGCGAAUACCGGAAUCCGGGCUGGGGAUCCCUCAUGAUGCAGAUCAGGGACGACCGGCUAUUUAUUGACUGCUCGGAUCGAUCUUAUGUCUUUACACUUACCUUCCAGCACGUAUGCGAGCAGAAGAAAUACAUCGCUCUUUACAGGGAAGUGUCGCAAGGUCCGAGCCAGCCAAUGAGUGCCGAGUUCAGGUUUGAGGACAAUGUUCCCAUUCAGCUGGGCAUUGCGAUUGACGAGGAUCUGAAAUGCAUCUGGUUUGACAAGGUGCAGGAAGACGGACCAGAACCCGUCGUCACUCUCCCCAAGGGCACCGCGGCUUGA